GGUUCGCCUCUUGGACGUUUGGCUAGAUCCAGCAUCCGACGUUCACUGCAUUCCUACCAUCACUGCAUGGAAGAGUGUUUCUCAGCUUUCUCUUAUCUACCCGAAAACGGCUGGCUUGAAAAGGCAUCAUCUACGGACCUGAUUGAGGUGUGUUCGCUGGUCUAGACGUGAGCACGGUAGUCUUUGCAUCCCAGAGCUGUCUGCAGCCCGAUCUUGUCGGUCAGUCGUCGGAUUACACCGCGUCGUUACCUGUCGCAUGGCCUCUUCGACCUGCGCCCAACAGCCAGCCUUGGCGAACUUCCCUCUACUCACAAACAAAGAGUUCAAUUCUGCCUGUCGCGAAUUUCUCGAUCGAGUUCGUUUAGUGGAUGAGUCGACAUCGAAACAGCUGACCGUCCGCUUGACUCAACGGACAACUGGUCCGAUUCUGAGCAUAAUACGGCGGAUCGCACACCCCGGCAUCCCUACAUGUGAUGGUCUCUCGUUGGAAGACGAACCGAACCCAAGACGGCAGCUAGAGGCUUACGAAGAUGACCCCGAAGCUCUCAUCCGUACUACCGAGCCCAGCAUCGGCUUACAUGUAGUUUAUGACGUUGUUCUUUCACCCACCUACCAAACCCCCGUUCUGUACUUCGGUUUACGGCGGUAUGGUCACCCCGAACCGCUGGGAAUCGACGCGAUCUACCAAUAUUUGGUACCGAGCCAGUACAGGAAGGAACUCCGAAGCGUGGGUGUCAUGGGUGGGAUUAGUCUCGGCUAUCAUCCAGAUUCUGGAACCCCAGCAUUCUUCGUUCACCCGUGCAACACUGCAGAUGCUAUGAGACAACUCGCAGGACACCGGCAUGUCACUCCGGAGACGUAUCUCAUCAUCUGGCUUGGAUUGGUCGGAAAUCGGUUGGGUCUUCAACUGCCAAGGGAAAUCUUUGCGACAGAUGGGAUGCGAGGAAUUCUAAGGUGUUAG